AUGUCGAGCGAGAAGCCGGUUUCAGUACCACCGGGCUCUGCUUCUUCGCUCACGGACACAGAUUCCCAUCCUCCGCCGGGCUCUUCCGUGCAGACGCCGCAGCAGCAGUUCGCCGCGGGCGCUGGCUCCGGCGCCACCGGGGAAAGGAUGGUGUCUUCAGCCGGCACUAUGGUCCUCCCGGCCGGGGUGAUCAACCCCGCUGUCCCGAUCAGGAAUAUCCAGAUGAAAUUCGCCGUGUUGGUGGGCCUGAUCCAGGUCGGGGAGGUUAGCAACAGGGACAUCGUGGAGACAGUGCUGAACCUGCUGGUGGGCGGGGAGUUUGACCUGGAGAUGAACUUCAUCAUCCAGGAGGCGGAGAGCAUCGGCUGCAUGGUGGAGCUGCUGUCCCACUGCGAGGUGACGUGCCAGGCGGAGAUCUGGAGCAUGUUCACCGCCAUCCUCCGCAAGAGCGUGCGCAACCUGCAGACCAGCACCGAGGUGGGCCUCAUCCAGCAGGUGCUGCUCAAGAUGAGCUCCGUGGACGACAUGAUCGCAGACCUCCUGGUGGACAUGCUGGGAGUCAUGGCCAGUUACAGCAUCACAGUGAAGGAGCUGAAGCUGCUCUUCAGCAUGCUGAGGGGAGACAAUGGCAUCUGGCCAAGACAUGCUAUCAAGCUCUUGUCAGUGUUGAACCAGAUGCCUCAGAGACACGGUCCUGAUACCUUCUUCAACUUUCCAGGACGCAGUGCAGCGGCCAUAGCUUUGCCGCCAAUAGCCAAAUGGCCUUACCAGAACGGAUUCACGAUCAACACUUGGUUCAGGCAGGAUCCACUCAACAACAUCAACGUGGAUAAAGACAAACCGUACCUCUAUUGUUUUCGCACCAGUAAAGGAAUAGGUUACUCUGCUCACUUUGUGGGAAACUGUCUCAUCGUGACGUCGUUGAAGUCAAAAGGAAAAGGCUUUCAGCACUGUGUGAAAUAUGAUUUCCAGCCUCGCAAGUGGUACAUGAUCAGCAUCGUUCACAUCUACAACCGCUGGAGGAACUCUGAGAUCCGUUGCUAUGUCAACGGUCAACUGGUCUCCUACGGCGAUAUGGCCUGGCACGUCAACACCAAUGAUAGUUACGACAAGUGUUUCCUGGGCUCUUCAGAGACAGCGGACGCUAACAGGGUGUUUUGUGGUCAGCUGGGAGCCAUUUACGUAUUCAGUGAAGCUCUCAACCCAGCUCAGAUCUUUGCCAUUCAUCAACUUGGCCCAGGAUACAAGAGCACCUUCAAGUUCAAGUCGGAGAGUGACAUCCACCUGGCCGAGCACCACAAGCAGGUGUUGUACGAUGGCAAGCUGGCCAACUCCAUCUCCUUCACCUACAACGCCAAGGCGACGGACGCGCAGCUCUGCCUGGAGUCGUCGCCGAGGGAAAACGCCUCCAUCUUCGUCCACUCACCGCACGCUCUCAUGCUACAGGAUGUGAAGGCCAUUGUUACCCACUCCAUCCACAGUGCCAUCCACUCUAUAGGAGGCAUCCAGGUGCUGUUCCCUCUCUUCGCUCAGCUGGACUACAAACAGCUCAAUGACUGCAGCGUGGACACCACAGUCUGUGCCACCCUGCUGGCCUUCCUGGUGGAGCUGUUGAAGAGCUCAGUGGCGAUGCAGGAGCAAAUGCUUGGUGGGAAAGGCUUCCUGGUGAUUGGGUACCUUCUUGAGAAGUCGUCACGGGUUCACAUCACCAGAGCGGUCCUUGAACAGUUCUUGUCCUUCGCCAAGUAUCUGGAUGGUUUACCUCAUGGAGCGCCUCUUCUCAAACAGCUCUGUGACCAUGUCCUCUUCAACGCUGCCAUCUGGAUACACACCCCUGCCAAGGUCCAGCUAUCCCUCUACACAUACCUGUCCUCUGAGUUCAUCGGCACCGCCACCAUCUACACCACCAUCCGCCGCGUGGGCACCGUCCUGCAGCUCAUGCACACUCUCAAGUACUACUACUGGGCCAUCAACCCGCUGGAGUGCAGUGGAAUCAACCCCAAAGGCCUUGACGGACCACGACCAUCCCAAAAGGAGAUCAUCUCGCUCAGAGCCUUCAUGCUCCUCUUCCUCAAACAACUCAUACUAAAGGACCGAGGCGUGAAGGAGGACGAGCUGCAGAGCAUACUCAACUACCUAUUGACCAUGCAUGAGGAUGAGAAUAUCCACGACGUGCUGCAGCUGUUGGUGGCUCUCAUGUCUGAACACCCAGCGUCCAUGAUCCCUGCAUUUGACCAGAGAAAUGGAAUAAGGGUGAUCUGCAAGCUCCUGGCCUCUAAGAGCGAGAGCAUCCGAGUCCAAGCACUCAAAGUCCUGGGCUACUUCCUCAAGCACCUCGGUCACAAGAGGAAGGUGGAGAUAAUGCACACGCACAGUCUGUUCACACUGCUGGGGGAGAGGCUGAUGAUGCACACCAACACCGUCUCUGUCACCACCUACAACACUCUGUAUGAGAUUCUGACGGAGCAGGUCUGUACUCAGGUUGUGCACAAACCCCACCCUGAGCCCGACUCCACUAUCAAAAUCCAGAAUCCCAUGAUUCUCAAGGUAGUGGCCACCCUGCUGAAGAACUCCUCUCCCAGUGGCGAGCUGAUGGAAGUCAGAAGACUCUUUCUCUCUGACAUGAUAAAACUCUUCAGUAACAGCCGUGAAAACAGGCGAUGCCUGCUGCAGUGCUCUGUGUGGCAGGACUGGAUGUUCUCCCUCGGGUACAUCAACCCCAAGAGCCCGGAAGAGCAGAAAAUUACCGAGAUGGUUUACAACAUCUUCAGGAUCCUGCUGUACCAUGCCAUUAAAUACGAAUGGGGAGGGUGGAGGGUCUGGGUUGAUACCCUAUCCAUCGCACACUCCAAGGUGACCUACGAAGCCCACAAAGAGUACCUAGCCAAGAUGUACGAAGAGUACCAGCGGCAGGAGGAGGAGAACAUGAAGAAGGGGAAGAAAGGCUGUGUGUCCACCAUCUCUGGGCUCUCCGCUACAGCCGCCCCUGUUGUCAACGGCAACCUGGAGAUUGAUGACAACUCCCAGACGCAGACACCUGAGAGCGAGGCUGAGUACAGCGAGGGGGCCGGCGCAGACUCUCGCAUCCUCCUGGCAGAAGGAGCUGUGAAGCGACCCAACGGAGAGGCCCUGACGCCCGGAGAGCAGGCUGCCGGGCCCGGGGUCCGGGUGGAGGUCCACGACCUGCUGGUAGACAUUAAAGCAGAGAAGGUGGAGGCCACAGAAGUGAAGCUGGACGACCUGGACUUGUCUCCAGAAGGCCUUAGUGGAGGUGUGGGUGGAGGAGGUGUGGUAGAGAACGGACCUCUAGUGGAGGUGGACUCCCUGCUGGACAGUGCUUACUGCGCUGUAGUUCAAAACCUGAAUGGGAGUCUGGCGCCUAAAGAUGACACGCCAGGCUCAGGGGUCGGGAUGGGGUCGAGUCUGGGGCUUUCGGGAGUAAGCCUGGAGGAUGAUGGGAACAUGGGUCCACUCAUCACACUGGCUGACGAGAAGGACAGCGUCCCGAGCAACAACGGAUUUCUCUUCAGCAAGGUUGACGAGAAGCUUCUUCCAGCUCUGGCAGCCACAGACCUUGUGCUGCCGAGUCCGGACCAGCCCACCACCAGCGCCAGUGAUGACCUCAGCCUGCUGGCCCACAUGACCACCUGUGGCUCAGACUUAACGCAGAGCCAGAGCCACACUUCUGGAGAUCUUCCAGAGGACGGGCCCUUCAAAAUCCAGAGCCCUCUUGCUGACAUCAGCUCUAUAGCUCAGGCUGAGAGCCAAGCUCUGAUCCAGGCAGCAUCAAGAGCAGAUUUCCCAGAGGGGGAGGGCCCAUCCGGGGCCGAGGGAGAGGCUGCUGGGCUUAAGGCUGGGGACUCAGCCAGCACCACCUCGGACACUGAGAGGUCAGAUGAUGGGAAGGACAAGGACACAAAGAAGAUACAAACUACAGCGACCACUCAGGCCCUCCAUGGUCGCACCGCAGCCCAGCUGGAGCGAGACCUCCGUGUGGACCUGGGCUUCAGGGGCAUGCCCAUGACGGAGGAGCAGCGCCGGCAGUUCAGCCCCGGCCCGCGCACAACCAUGUUCCGCAUCCCAGAAUUCAAGUGGUCUCCGAUGCACCAGAGGUUGCUCACUGACCUGCUGUUCGCCCUGGAGACUGAUGUGCAUGUGUGGAGGAGCCACUCCACCAAGUCGGUGAUGGAUUUUGUGAACAGCAAUGAGAACAUCAUCUUCGUCCACAACACGAUCCACCUCAUUUCUCAGAUGGUGGACAACAUUAUCAUUGCCUGCGGGGGCAUCCUGCCUCUCCUGUCUGCUGCCACCUCCCCUUCUAGUUCUAAGAAUAGUGCCAACCCUAAGGCAGAAGGAGCCGGACCCCAGAGGGGGUCAAAGGGAGAGGAGGUGACCCCUGUUCCUGGGGGAGGAGGCGCAGGGGGAGAGACGGAGUUGGAGAACAUCGAGGCGACUCAGGGCAUGUCUUCGGAGACGGCGGUCACCUUCCUGUCUCGACUCAUGGCCAUGGUAGACGUACUGGUGUUUGCCAGCUCUCUCAACUUCAGCGAGAUUGAAGCAGAGAAGAACAUGUCGUCAGGAGGGCUGAUGAGGCAAUGCCUCCGUCUGGUGUGCUGCGUGGCAGUGAGGAACUGUCUGGAGUGCCGGCAGAGACAGAGGGAUCGAAGCUGCAAAUCCUCCUUAGCCAGCAGCAAGUCGCAGGACAGCCUCCACAGUGCCUCCACCAACAGCAAGCAGGAUCCAGACAGACUGCUGCAGGAUGUAGACAUCAAUCGUCUUCGAGCUGUUGUUUUCAGAGAUGUGGAUGACAGUAAGCAGGCUCAGUUUCUGGCGCUGGCAGUGGUCUACUUCAUCUCCGUUCUCAUGGUGUCUAAGUACCGGGACAUUUUAGAACCCCAGCGGGAGAUUGGCAGGUCCACCAGCCUAUCAGGGAGAAGCAUCCGCCACGAGAUCAACUCCCCAACCAGUACAGAGCACCCAUCCACAGGCUUCUCUGACAAACAGACCCCCACCCCCGUGGACGACUCCCCCCGCGCUGGCCUCCCUCACACGGACUCAGGCAUCGGAGAGGAGGGCCAUGUGGCCGGGUCCCUGAACGGCUCGGAGAUGGGGCUCGGCCUGGGCCUGGUGGGGAGAGAGACGGACAGAGACAGAGACAGAGAAAGAGACAUGGGGGGAGGGGGCACCGACCUGCUGUGUAGCCUGUCUGACGUCAGGAGGUCACAGGAGAGCCUUCUGGACUCGCCCCACAACCCCAACGUCAGCCAAGCCCCGCCUUCGUCCAUCUCCAGCAUCAGCCAGACCAACAAAGGCAUCAAUGUCAAGGAGAUCCUGAAGAGCUUGGUGGCAGCUCCAGUCGAUGGCGGUGAUUUGGGACAGGACUCCGGGCCGACGCCCUAUCACCCCGACCCCGCCCUGAAAACACACCCCAUGUUGCCCAUGCAGUUCCACUCCUUCGACAGGAGUGUUAUGGUUCCAGUCAAGAAGCCACCACCCGGCAGCCUGUCAGUCAACACGGUGGGCACGCCCACCACCAGCGGAUCAGCCGCCGCCGGCAGCACCCCCAAUAUAUUUGCUGCUGCGACAGCAACCCCCAAGAGCAUGAUCAACACUACAGGUGCCACAGACUCUGCCUCCUCUUCCUCCUCCUCUUCUUCGUCAUUCGUCAACGGUGCGACGAGCAAGAAUCUGCCAGCUGUCCAGACAGUAGCACCCAUGCCAGAAGACAGCAUGGAGAAUAUGAGUGCCUAUUGUGAGGUGGCGCAGUGUGCGCUGCGCAGCGGUCAGACGCCCCCUGAGCUCAAGUCUUUUAGCUCUCUGGCAGGCUUCCAGGCUGCUCCCCGAGAUGCAGGACAGUGUUUUAGUAUCACCACCAAGUUGGAGCGCGCUCUGGAGAAAGUGGCGCCCCUGCUGAGGGAGAUUUUUGUGGACUUUGCGCCCUUUCUCUCCAGGACGCUGCUGGGUAGCCAUGGGCAGGAACUGCUCAUAGAAGGUCUGGUGUGCAUGAAGUCUAGCACGUCUGUGGUGGAGCUCGUAAUGCUGCUCUGUUCUCAGGAGUGGCAAAACUCCAUCCAGAAGAACGCAGGAUUGGCCUUCAUUGAGCUCAUCAACGAGGGAAGACUCCUGUGCCACGCCAUGAAGGAUCAUAUUGUACGUGUUGCCAACGAAGCAGAGUUCAUCCUAAACAGACAGAGGGCAGAGGAUGUACACAAACACGCUGAAUUUGAGGCUAACUGUGCCCAGUACGCUGCGGACCGGAGAGAGGAGGAGAAAAUGUGUGAUCACCUCAUCAGCGCAGCCAAGCACAGAGAUCAUGUGACCGCUAACCAGCUGAAACAGAAGAUCCUCAACAUCCUGACCAAUAAGCAUGGAGCGUGGGGGACAAUGUCACAGAGCCAAUUACACGACUUCUGGCGUCUAGACUACUGGGAGGAUGACCUUAGGAGGAGACGGAGAUUUGUGCGAAACGCGUCUGGAUCCACUCACGCAGACGUGUCCCUUAAAGCUCUGGAGGAAUACAGUACAGAAGAAGAAGAGGAGGAGCUAAAGUCGAAGAAAACCUUCCGCAGCCAAUCAGUGGUCGCCCAGAACCCAGAGGCGGAGCUUAUGCUGGAGGGAGACGAUGACGCCGUCAGCCUGCUGCAGGAAAAAGAGAUUGAUAACCUCGCUGGCCCUGUGGUUCUGAGUACACCGGCUCAGUUGGUAGCUCCAGUGGUAGUGGCUCGAGGCACUUUAUCCAUCACCACUACUGAGAUCUACUUUGAGGUGGAUGAAGAGGAUCCGACAUUCAAGUCAACUGAUGCUAAAGAUGUCCAACCCCAACAGGUACUGGCCUACUCGGAGGGUCUGCACGGUAAAUGGAUGUUCAGUGAGAUCAGAGCCGUGUUCUCCAGACGCUACCUGCUGCAGAACACCGGACUAGAAGUCUUUAUGGCCAACAGAACGUCUGUGAUGUUUAACUUCCCUGACCCGGCCACAGUCAAGCGAGUGGUCUACAGUCUCCCCCGGGUUGGGGUAGGAACGAGUUACGGCCUGCCACAAGCCAGGCGGAUUUCUUUGGCUACCCCUCGUCAGCUCUUCAAGUCGUCCAACAUGACGCAGCGCUGGCAGAGAAGAGAGAUCUCUAACUUUGAGUACCUCAUGUUCCUCAACACUAUUGCAGGGAGGACCUAUAAUGAUUUGAACCAGUACCCCAUCUUCCCCUGGGUCUUGACCAACUAUGACUCAGAGGAGCUGGACCUCACUCUACCUGGAAACUUCAGAGACCUCUCCAAGCCAAUCGGUGCACUGAAUCCCAAGCGAGCAGCGUUUUAUGCCGAACGCUUCGAGACGUGGGACGACGACAGCACGCCUCCUCACCACUACACCACCAUGUACUCCACCGCUCAUUCCACACUGAUGUGGAUGCUCAGAAUAGAGCCCUUUACCACGUUCUUCCUCAAUGCUAACGAUAACAAGUUCGACCAUCCGGAGAGAGCCUUCUCUGGCAUCGGCUGCUCGUGGAGGAACUGCCAGAGGGACACAGCUGAUGUCAAGGAGCUGAUCCCAGAGUUCUACUACUUGCCUGAGAUGUUUGUGAACAGUAAUGAGUACGAGCUCGGCGUGCGUGAAGAUGGCAUUUCUGUGUGUGACGUGGAGCUUCCUGCUUGGGCCAAGAAACCCGAGGACUUUGUCCGCAUUAACCGUAUGGCGUUGGAGAGCGAGUUUGUGUCCUGCCAGCUUCACCAGUGGAUCGAUUUAAUAUUCGGCUACAAGCAGCGGGGGCCAGAAGCAGUGAGAUCCCUCAACGUGUUCAACUUCUUGUCCUACGAGGGAUCAAUCAACCUAGAAAAUGCAGAUGCUGUGCAACGUGAGGGGAUUGAGUCCCAGAUCCAGGCGUGUGGUCAGAUCCCCUCCCAGCUGCUGAUCGAGCCCCACCCACCUCGCUCCUCGGCCAUGCACCUGUGUUUCCUUCCCCAGAGCCCGCUGAUGUUUAAGGAUCAGAUGCAGCAGGAUGUCAUCAUGGUGCUCAAGUUCCCCUCCAACUCGCCCGUCACCCACGUGGCGGCCAACACGCUCCCCCACCUCAGCAUACCAGCAGCCGUCACCGUCACAUGUAGCCGGCUGUUUGCCGUCAACCGCUGGCACAACACAGUCGGCCUCCGUGGAGCUCCGGGAUAUUCCCUGGAGCAGGCUCAUCAUCUGCCCAUUGAGAUGGACCCUCUCAUAGCCAACAACUCAGGCGUGAACAAGCGUCAGAUCACUGACCUCGUGGACCAGAGCAUCCAAAUCAACACACACUGUUUCGUGGUUACCGCCGACAACCGCUACAUCCUGGUCUGCGGCUUCUGGGACAAGAGCUUCCGUGUUUACUCCACUGAGACGGGAAAGCUGACCCAGAUCGUUUUCGGCCACUGGGAUGUGGUGACAUGUCUCGCCAGAUCAGAGUCCUACAUCGGAGGUGACUGCUACAUCGUGUCGGGCUCCAGAGACGCCACUCUUCUUUUGUGGUACUGGAGUGGACGACACCACAUUAUCGGGGACAAUCCUAACAACAGUGACUACCCCGCUCCCAGGGCCGUACUGACAGGACACGACCAUGAAGUGGUGUGUGUGUCCGUCUGUGCAGAGCUGGGACUGGUCAUCAGUGGAGCUAAAGAGGGCCCAUGCCUGGUCCACACCAUCACAGGGGACCUUCUUCGGGCCCUGGAGGGACCAGAGCUGUGUCAGCGGCCCCGCCUCAUCUCAGUGUCCAGCGAGGGCCACUGCAUCAUCUACUAUGACAGAGGCCACUUCUGCAACUUCAGCAUAAAUGGAAAACUCCUGGCACAAAUGGAGGUCAAUGACUCCACACGGGCGAUCCUGUUGAGCAGCGACGGACAGAACUUGGUGACAGGAGGCGAUAACGGAGUUGUGGAAGUGUGGCAGGCGUGCGACUUCAAACAGCUGUACAUCUAUCCAGGCUGUGACGCAGGCAUCCGUGCCAUGGACCUCUCACAUGACCAGAGGACUCUGAUCACUGGCAUGGCAUCCGGAAGCAUUGUGGCAUUCAACAUAGACUUCAACCGCUGGCACUACGAGCACCAGAACAGGUACUGAGGUGGACAGCAUGAGGAUGGGAAGGAUAGGGAGACGAGAGAAGAACAAAGAGAGGAGGUGAAGCAUUCUGCUGUGUAUCUGCGACACUGGGAAACUGAAGGUACAGAGAGGAAGGAAAAGCAAGUACCGGCUCUAAUCCCUUGUGAAGUUUACUUGAUUUGAGGAUGCGACAGCGCUGGUGGAAAUAACUCCCUCUGUACAUACGUGUACGUACACAUACGUGUGUAACCACAGACACAUAGUACCCCGAAGAUACACACCAAAACCUGCUCAUAAAAUAGACUGCAGAAUGGGGGAAAGUCAAGCAGACCUUGUAGAGGUCGUUCAUACCCGUACCACUCGCUGGACUGCUGCAGUUGCUGUUCCUGGUACGCUUCAUGCUUUAUAGACAAAGAACUUAAGUUUUGGUUUUCUUAUGUUUUUCUUCUCUAUCAAUUUUGUUCUUUACUUUUCCUUUGAGGGGAGUUCAGUCAAAUAAUGAUUUGGGUGGACUGUAAAUUAAGACUCCUUCAAUGUGUCUCAACUGAUUAGAAAUGGUCAGAAAUGAUCCAGCCCCGCCCACUCUUAAAAAAAAACGGUGCUAUUGGCUUGAUCUUAAAAUUCACCCUUGAAAAAAUGUCUGGGGUUAUGAUUUUAUUUUAUCUGGAUUUAUUUUAUUUUAUAAUGUUAAUUUGAUGUUAUUUUAUUUUUCCCUGCAGCAGGGUUAAGUCUGAUUCUUAUGUAAAUAAGGCUCUGCUUCCUUCAGAGCCAACACGUGUUCUUUCACUACACAAACUGCGCUUAUCACCUUUAAUUUAUUAAUGACUUGCUGUAUGUAAAAUAUUGUGUAAUAAUUAUUAUAAUGUUGACAAGAUUGAUGAUGAUAACGGCAGUGUCAAGGAUGGUGAUUAUUUUGCCGGAGAUGGUAAUGAUAAAGAGAUCUUGCCAGUGCCACCAAGGAUGACAACCACGAGACUGAGAUGAUUUCCUUUGUAUAUUUGGUGAUUGUUUUGUCAAAUAUGUACAUAAAGUCUUGGUUCAGGCUCGGCGGGAGACCUAAUCAGCUGAAUAAGAUUGAAAGCGCAAAGGAAACCUUCACUUACCCACAUUUGUUGAUUAUUUAAAAGAAGAGAAUCAAAUCAAUGUAAAAGUUUGUUUUGUAUUUGCACUUUGCACCAAUCACAUAUCAUUAUUUAUUAGCUUGGUUCUUUCUGGUCGGCUGCCAUUUUGUUUAGGUCCAUUUCCCCUUCGGGAUUAUUUGUGCAUUGAUGUUUGUAUUUAAAGCGUUGAGCUCAUGUGUGAUUAUUAGGUUUUACAACCUCACAGUUGUAAGCAAUAUCAUGAUUCUGUAGCUGAUAGAGGUGGAAAGGAGUGAGGAGAGGGGAUGAAAUGUGAGAGGUACUGUAUGUGUGAAGCCAUCUUGAUCAAAUGCGCACAUGCACAUACUCUAUCGACAGGUUCAACUUACGUAUCCAAAAAAAGGUUAAAUAUUUUUGGAUCUAUGAAACCCUAAAAAACUAUUGUAUUCAUGUUUUAUUGCAAAGAUGUAAAAUAUGACAUGUGUGAGUUGAAAAAAAAAAUCAUGAUAAGAAAAAUAAAAUAUGCAAAGAA